CCACCCAGUGAGGACCAGGCCAGACAAUGGGGGCCAGGGUUAAAUAGUCAGGCGCAUUCCUUCAGCACAUCUCUGUCCCGUCGGCCGGCUGCAGUGACCACCGCACAUCGCACCUCACCAAGGGCAAGCCAUCGAUACCAAGAUGCCGGAGCAACUGGAAAGUCCAAAAUCUCAGCCUCCCGCAAGCUCAUGCUCAAGAGUCUGAUGGUGGCCAAGGCGAAGGAGGAACUUGAGCAGGAGAUCGUGGACAAAGAGGAAGAGAAGGAGAGAUACCUGGAGGAGAAGGCCCCGCCCCUGCAGACGAGCGGCAUGUCCUUCGCUGAACUCCAGGAGCUCUGCCGGGAGCUACACGCUAAGAUCGACGCGGUGGACGAGGAGCGGUACGACAUCGAGGCCAAAGUCAUUCACAACACCAGAGAGAUCAAAGACCUGACCAUCAAGGUGGUGGACCUGCGGGGGAAGUUCAAGCGCCCCACCCUGAGGAGGGUGAGGGUGUCGGCCGACGCCAUCCUGCGGUCACUGCUGGGCUCCAAGCACAAGGUGUCCAUGGACCUCAGGGCUAACCUCAAAUCUGUCAAGAAGGAGGACACUGAGAAGAAGCGGCCAGUAGAGGAUAGUGACUGGAGGAAGAAUGUGGAGGCCAUGUCUGGAAUGGAGGGCAGGAAGAAGAUGUUUGACGCUGCAAAGGGUCCCACACAGUGAUGAGGAAGUGAUGAAAGAGGAAGCAGUGGAGACUCAAAAACACCGUUGUUAGCGUGUUCUCAACCGAUCAGUGAAGAUGUCUGCUUAGUGUGUCUUUUGCCUUAAUGUACUUAAUCCAUGUUAAAUUGACAAAAGAGAGUAACAGGUUUUUGUUCUUAAAUGUAUACUCAGUGUUUCCUCAGAUCUGCUGUGAUGGUAACUUUCAGACUGUAUUCUAUUCCACAAGAUUUAACGUUGUAUCAAACCCUGCAAUAAUUCAAUACAAUCAAUUACUCCCUCAAGCUACAUGUGCUACAGAGUAAAAUUCAACUGAUGCUAUUAUAUUACUCUGCUAUUUAAACUAUAUAAUUCAUUUUAGCAUGUAAAGUACAUUUGUGAGCUCUGUGAUUAACUAUACAUUACAAAUGAUGUAUAAACCUUAUAUGAAUUAUACUGAAGUUCAGCAUUUAGAGUAUUUGCAUGCUGUAUAACUGGUAUGAAGCUGUAUGUUUUCCAAAUCAGGGGAUGUUAUGCUCAAAUUAAUAAACUGUUUUUUCUUUUAA